GCGCAGAACAUUCAAGCGUCUCCCGUUCGAACGGAGCUGCAGAAGUGAUCGUGACGCGCCGGUUUAUUUUGAGCUCUGUGCUUAUUGACAUAUAAAUACGAUUCAAUAUUACAGCUGCUGUUCGUUCCUCAUCUCCGUGACGUGUCGCGCCGUGCUCGCCGCCGCGUCUGCCUGCUGCUAGUGAGCGCGUUGCGCGGGUGUGUGACAGUGAGUGCGCGCGCGUCGUGGCCGGGGCUCUUGAGCAGCACGCGACUGUGUCCCGUUUAACGGCUGUCAUGUCCAAAUUGGAGCAGAUUCUGAUCCUCGACCCGUCGAGCGACCUCCGCUUUAGAGGACCUUUCACAGAUGUGGUAACCACCAACCUGAAGUUGAAGAACCCGUCUGAUAAAAGAGUAUGUUUCAAAGUGAAGACCACAGCUCCACGCCGCUACUGCGUGCGGCCCAACAGCGGCGUGAUCGAUCCCGGCUCAACGGUCACCAUCUCGGUCAUGCUCCAGCCGUUUGACUACGACCCAAAUGAGAAGAGCAAACACAAGUUUAUGGUCCAGACCAUUUUUGCACCAUCUGGCGUAUCGGACCUGGAAGCUUUGUGGAAAGAUGCCAAACCAGAUGACCUGAUGGACUCCAAACUGCGCUGUGUGUUUGACAUGCCCUCAGAGAACGACAGGAUGAACGAGCAGGAAUCCAGCAAAACCGCAGCUGUGCUGAACGCCUCUAAAGCAGACGGCACGUCAGGAGCCAAACCCAGCAGCCUGUCUAUGGACGACACCGAGAUGAGGAAACUCCUGGAGGAGUCCAAGAGACUGCAGACAGAAGUGGGAAAACUCUUGGAGGAAAACCGCCAGCUCAAGGAUGAAGGUCUGAGGAUGAGGAGGGCCAAUCAGUUUGACAGCUCCGCUUCAAAGUCUUCAGCGAUGAUGAGCAAAGACCCCGCCUCCAAAUCCCUGCCGUCAUUGCUGGUCGUCAUCGCCGCCAUAUUCAUCGGCUUCUUCCUGGGGAAGUUUGUGUUGUAGAGAGGGCAUCGGCGUCCACGUUUGCCGGGCCUGGCGAGCAUCGCGUGCGUUCUUGUCGAUAACCGUUGCGUCAGUGCCGACGUGCCCCAAAGCGACGGUAAUACAUGUGUCUGUGUACAAGAUCAUUCAAACGGGCCUUGCCUUUCUCACACGGUUAGUACACAAACAAACAAACACACACACACACACACACACACA